CAACAGAAAAUUGUAAUGAUAGAAUCGAGGAACCGAAGGUGGGAAUGGAAUUUGACACAUCAAACGAAGCUUAUGUGUAUUACUUAAGAUACGCUAAACAACAAGGAUUUGUUGUGGCGAAAAGAACGUCAAGAAAGGGAAAAGAUGGAAACUUGAAGAAUCUAACUCUUCAAUGCAGUCGUGGUGGAAAGGCAAGGGUGAGAGGAAGCAACUCGGUGAAACCACGACCACAAACAAAAAAUUGAUUGUCCGGCUCGCCUUAUUGUUGCUUCAUACCCGGAUGGAAAGUGGAGGUUAAACGUAGUUGUCUUGGAGCACAAUCACGAUCAAAGCUCGGGAAAGUGCAGGUUCUUCAAGAGCAAUAGGGUAAUUGAUGAACAUGUGAAAAGACAGCUCAUGUUGAAUGAUAAAGCUGGGAUUAAAUUGCCCCAGACUUAUGCCUCACUUUAGAUUAAGGCGGGGGGACCUAAUAAGCUUCCAUAUAGUCAGAAGGAUUGCCGAAAUUUUGUGGACAAACAACGACGUUUAAAACUUGUGGAAGGAGAUGCUGAAGCGAUGCAUAGUUAUUUCAUGAGAAUGAAAGUUGACAAUUCUGACUUCUUUUAUGCCAUGGAUUUGGAUGACAAGGGUCGACUAAGGAAUGUAUUUUUGGCCGAUGCAAGGAGUAGGGCAGCUUGUAAGGAGUUUGGUGAUGUUGUGACAUUUGACACAACUUACUUAGUAAAUAGGUAUGACAUGCCUUUUGCUCCAUUUAUUGGCGUGAAUCAUCAUGGUCAGUCGAUUUUAUUAGGAUGUGGGCUCAUCUCUCAUGAAGACACAGAGUCAUUUUCGUGGUUAUUUGAGACUUGGAAGACAUGCAUGUGGGGUUGUGCUCCGAAAGCAAUAAUUACCGACCAAUGUUUGGGCAUGAAGAAUGCUAUACAAAAAGUAUUCCCUGACACCCGACAUCGGUUGUGUAUAUGGCAUAUUAUGAAAAAGGUGCCAGAAAAGUUCGGUAAGUACAACGCCUAUGAACAAAUUAGUUCGUGUAUGCGCAAGGCCGUAUGGAAUUCAUUGACAAUAAAACAAUUUGAGGAUGCUUGGGAUGGAUUCAUCAAAAAGUACCAGCUUCACAAUAAUACAUGGUUACAGGGGUUAUAUUUGGAGAGAAAACUGUGGGUUCCUGCUUAUGUGAAUGACUGCUUUUGGGCGGGAAUGUCAUCCACACAAAGAAGCGAGGGUAUGAAUGCAUAUUUUGAUGGUUACAUUCAUUCAAAGACGGCCUUGAAACAAUUUGUAGAGCAAUAUGAAAAUGCAUUGGCGAAUAAGGUGGAGAGUGAAAAUGAAGAAGAUGGAAAAAGUUGGAGGAGUUUCAUCCCAUUAAUAACUAAAAGUGGCUUGGAAAGGCAAUUUCAAAGUGUUUACACGAAUGAGAAGGUGAGAGAGUUUCAUGAAGAAUUUGUGGGGAGACUUGAGUGUUCUUGUAGUAAAAAAAAUGAAAGUGUAUCUGAAUAUGAGGUAAAAGAGUGGAUUACAUAUGGAGAAGAGGAAAAGAGAAUUCAAGUGCCAUUUAUUGUUGAUUUUAAUGCUGAAACAAAUGAAGCACAUUGUAAUUGUCGAUUGUUUGAGUACAGAGGAAUGGUUUGUAGACAUCAACUGACGGUGUGGAGUCAAAUGGGAGUUGAAAGAGUACCUGACAAAUAUGUGUUGAGGAGAUGGAACAAAAAUGUCAAAAGGGUGCACACUAAAAUUCGAAUCAACUAUGAUAACUCGUCAACGUCAAUUGAAGCACGUCGGCAUGACAAUAUGUGCAAUCUCUUUAAUGAGGUUGUCGAUUUGGCGGAAGAUAGUCAAGAGAAGUAUGAUAAAGUAAUGGCAUGGUUACUUGAGCUAAAACGAGAGUUGAUUGAAUCUUCGAUUGUUUGUGGAAGUAAUGUGAUUUCUGAUACUCCUAGUAAUUCUUUUUCAAUUGGAGAUGAAGUUCUACCUUCCAAAGAAAUCACAAACAUACUUGACCCAGUAACUCUUCGUCGAAAAGGGAGACCACCAAACAAAAGGAAGGUAGACAUUGUUGAAAAAAUUGGUAAGAAGAAAAUAGAAACAAAAAUGAAGACAUUGUCCAAGGAAAAAACCAAGGUAUAA